AUGCCGGACACCGAGAUGACGAGUGUUGACGAGACGGACGAGGCGAUACUGGUGCAGAGCGAGGACAGUGGAGCUGGUGGAGGCGAACGGCAAAUCCAGAUACAUCCGCUAGUGAUCGUGAAUAUCACGGAUCACCAAACGCGACAGAAAUGCAACUCCCAGCUCAGUCAGACUGAGGCUCCGCAAGUCAUCGGUGCACUCUUUGGGAUCCAGAAAGGUCUUGACGUGGCUGUGUAUGACUCGUUUGAGAUGAAAUACGACGUCGUGAGUGGCGAGAUGCAGAUCGACAAGGAGUUUCUCACCUCGCGUAUCCAGCAGUUCUCGCAGGUGUUUCCUGGUUUUGAGCUCUUGGGAUGGUACACAGUUGGUGCUCAAGCGCUUCCUAGUGAUCUGGCUGUGCAUCGCGUGGUGAUGGAGUUCAACGAAAGUCCGCUGUUUAUGAUCUUGGAUCCAGAAUCCAAAGGACCGAGCACGAAGAAGAAGCUGCCCAUUUCGCUCUUUGAAUCGGAGCUUCAUAUGCUGAACGGCGUGCCCAAGAUGAUCUUUGUCAAGGCGCCGUUCAAGAUUGAGACGUCCGAGACUGAAGGCAUAGCCAUUGACCACAUUUCCAAGAUAACGCCCAUUGGCGAUGCGAGCAAGUCUAGCUUGCAUCCAUAUCUAGGCAACGUGCGAGACGCAGUCAAGAUGCUGGACCGGCAGAUCGAUGUUCUACUGUGUUUCCUGCAGGCCGUUAAGAGUGGGGAGGCGCCGAUGGACCACAACCUGCUCCGUCAUAUUUCCAGCGUUUGCAAUCAGUUGCCAGCAAUGCAGUCGGAGCACUUUGACGCGGCAUUCACGCUAGAGUUUAACGACGCACUGUUGGUUUCGUAUCUAGCAACGCUCACAAAGGGUACAACCAACGUCAACACUGUCGUGGACCGCUUUGCUGCCACGCAGGAACGGCACCACCAUCAGCGAAGCACGCUGCUGUAG